ACACUGUUUACCAACACCACUCCGACUUGAGUCGAGGAGCUAACGUGUCUAAAGACAUAUUAUUUGUGUUUGUGAACUUCAUUGAACGUUUUUUGCUAAUAUAUUGGCAUGUAUUGGACGUUCGAAUAUAUCCAGCUGCGAUGGAAAAUCGCUCACGUUUAAAAUAAGCUGCGUUAGAUAAGUUUAACAUGCAAUUAGCCAUGUUAUCCAGGCUAACACUGGGUGCUGUGCAGCAGCCGAUUUGAUUGCUUUUCUCAAAUUAUUGAGAAAACAAUAAGAGGACCGUAAUAUUUAAAUUCCUCCUUUCCUGUGAACCUUCGGCGGGAUGAUCUCUCAGGUCUUCAUUUUGUCGUCAAAGGGCGACCACCUCAUUUAUAAAGACUUCCGUGGGGAGGCCAGGAGUGAUGUGGUUGGUACUUUCUACGAGAAAGUGACUUCGCUGAGUGGAGACCAGCCUCCAGUCGUCAUGAAACACAAAGACCUUCACUUCGUUCAUGUCAGACAGGGGGGGCUCUACUGGGUCGCUACAACAACAUCUGACUCCUCUCCUUUUACUGUCAUCGAGUUCCUCAACAGAUUUGCUGCUCUGGUCAAAGACUACUGCGGCAGUCUGUCUGAGAAGGCCGUCCACAUGAACUUUGCCCUCAUCUACGAGCUUCUGGACGAGGUGCUGGACUUCGGUUACAUCCAGACGACCUCCUCGGAUGUUUUGAAGAACUUCAUUCAGACUGAAGCGGUGUCCCUCAGACCGUUCAGCCUCUUUGACCUCAGCAACGUUGGACUGUUUGGAGCAGAGACUCAGCAGAGCAAAGUGGCUCCGAGCUCUGCGGCCACCCGACCCAUCCAGAGCAGCCGGGAGCAGGGAGGGAAGAGUGAGAUAUUCGUAGACGUGAUCGAGAGGCUGUCAGUCGUUAUCGGCUCCAAUGGAGUCCUGAUGAAGGCGGACGUGGAAGGAGAGAUCAGAGUGAAGUGCUACAUGCCUAACUGCUCCGAGCUCAGGAUCGGUCUGAACGAGGAGUUCAGCAUUGGGAAGUCACAGCUCAGAGGUUACGGAGCGGCCGUGCGGGUCGACGAGUGCAGCUUCCACCAGGCGGUGCGACUGGAGGAGUUUGACAGCCACCGCAUCCUGCGUCUGAGUCCCAGUCAGGGCGAGCAAACAGUCAUGCAGUACCAGCUGAGUGACGAGCUGCCCUCAGCGCCUCCUUUUCGCCUCUUCCCGACGCUGGAGCGAGACGGAGGGGGAAGGCUGCUCAUGUAUCUGAAGCUUCGCUGUGACCUGCCGCCAAAGAGCGCUGCCAUCAAUGUGAGCGCCACCAUCCCCGUUCCCAAAGGCUCCGUGAGCCUGUCCCAGGAGCUGAGCAGUCCGGAUCAGAGCGCAGAGUUACGGCCUCAGAGUCGAGCCGUGGUCUGGCAGAUUCCUCGAUUCACCGGAGGGUCGCAGCUCUCAGCGCUGUUCAAGCUGGAGGUGUCCGGCCUCAGCUCGGCCUCCAUGCUGGAGGUGGGCCCGGUGUGCUUGAGCUUCGAGCUGCCUAAGUUCACGGCCACGGGGCUGCAGAUCCGCUUCCUGCGCCUGUCUCCGGUGCAGCCCGGCCCGUCGCAGCGCUGGGUCCGCUAUGUCACGCACUCCGACUCCUACACGAUCCGGCUGUGAGCCACCACAACCAGGAAGUCCCCGAAAGUAACAGGAAGUCACCAGGAAGUCCCGCUAUCUCUGCUGUCAGUGUGAAGAAACACAUGAAUCUCCAUGGCAGCGCUCAUGGGUGCCCACACGCUUGUAAAUAAACUCAGAUUUUAUCCUCAA